AUGGCGACGGCCGCCGUGGGCAGCGGGACGCUGACGUUCCCCUUCGUCAGGAUCGCGGGGCAGGAGGACCUGAAGCUGGCGCUGAUGCUCAACGUGGUCGACCCCAAGAUCGGCGGCGUGCUGAUCAUGGGGGACCGGGGGACCGGGAAGUCCGUGUCGGUGGAACUCCCAUUGGGCGCCACAGAGGAUCGGAUAUGUGGCACCAUAGACAUCGAGAGGGCGUUGUCUGACGGAGUGAGGGCGUUCGAGCCUGGGCUCUUGGCCAGGGCAAACAGGGGCAUACUGUAUGUUGAUGAAGUCAACCUUCUCGAUGAUGGCCUUGUUGAUGUAAUUUUGGACUCGGCAGCAUCGGGGCUGAACAUCGUCGAGCGCGAGGGCGUGUCCAUACAGCACCCUGCAAACUUCAUAAUGAUUGGGUCUGGCAACCCUCAGGAGGGUGAGCUGCGGCCACAGCUGCUGGACCGGUUUGGCCUGUCGGUUCAGGUGACAACACUGUUUGACAGGGAUUUGCGCACACAGAUUGUUCUGGACAGAAUGAAAUUUGACAAUUCUCCAGAAACCCUGCUUAUCGAGUCUGAGCCGGAGCAGGAAGCACUGAGGCAGAAGCUCAUGGACGCUCGUGGGAAGCUGAAAGAUGUUACAGUUUCAGAAGACGUGAAGCUGAAGAUAUCCGAGAUAUGCUCCCUCCUCAAUGUCGAUGGCCUGCGUGGAGACAUCGUCACCAACCGCGCAGCCCGCGCGUAUGUGGCGUACGAGGGGCGAACAGAGGUGACGAUGGAUGACGUGCAUCGCGUCAUCAAUCUUGUGGUGUGCCACCGGCUACGAAAGGACCCUCUGGACACCAUGGAGGGGGGGCACAAAGUGGAGCUGGCGUUCAGGAGGGUGAUGAACCCAAAAGCUGCCAAGGAGGAGGAGCCUGAGAAAACCGCAGACAAGCCUGCGCCUCAGAGUAAAGACAGCAAGCGUGGAAAUCUUAAGCCGGGGGCGUGGACUGGCCUUAAAUUCUGA